ACUUGCUUUUGUACCCACUUGUUGUAAUUUUUGUGUGUUAAUUGUGUUUAUUGAGCUGCAACGAAACGAACUAACUUCAGCGGCUCUCAAAAAAAACGCGAUAUGCGCAGCAAUGGAGUUAGGUUCAUGCUUGCAGUUUUAGUAGCAGCGGUGCAUGGUCAGCUUCAAGUUCUCUUUGAAGACGAAGUAGCAGCAAUCGCCAAAUCGGUGAAUGAGCUCGCCGAGAAUCCUUCAAUUGCAAGAAAUGUUCGACAGCCUCAGAUUUUUACCGACCCAAUAGAAAAUCUACCCAAUGGUGCAUUACUAAACACAAGAAUUCAAAACGAUGGUGGGCAGCACCAUCACCACCAGGACGGUGCACAUUCACACACUCAUCUGACCAGGCUCGAUGUAACCUGUAGCAGCGGCAACAUGAGGGUGGAGUUGGAAUUCGAUGGGCCAUACAACGGCAUCGUCUACAGUAAAGGACACGCCGCCAACCGCAGAUGCCGAUUCAUCAAUAAAGAUAGUGCAAGAGGAUCGUUCAACUUCGUCGUUCCAAUAGACUCCUGCGGUCCAGUUGGAGAUGAAAGACGUGGUACCGACGAGACAAUCCUCGUCUUUCAAAACGACGAUUCUGUCAUAGAAGUCUGGGACGUCGCACGACGAAUCCAAUGUCCAAAGGUGGAGCGGAAAAUCGUUAAAACAAUCACUUUCAACCCAUUCACUGUGGGCCGCAUCCUUGUCGAGGAAGGCCCAACCCCAAAUGAGACCGUCGUUGAGUGCUGGAUGGACAUCCUGGUCGGCGAAAACCCGUGCCGCGGCAAGACAGCAAAAGACAAGGUCAAAAUUGGCGACGAUAUGAGCGCGGUCAUCUACGUCAAGGACGGUGGUUCCAACUACGACAUCCUGGUCAAGGACUGUUUCGCCCACGACCAGGCGCAGCUCAGUGGCCGAGACACCACUUCCGUCCAGCUCUCUGACAGCAGCGGCUGUCUCAAGAAGGAAAAGCUGCUGGGACAGUUCCGAAAAUACCCGCAAACAUGCUCAGGCGCGGACCUCGUAGCGUACGCUCCCAUGAGCGCCUUCAAGUUCGCCGACCGGCCCAGCGUGUACCUGACCUGCGUCGUUGAACUUUGUCCAGGCCAAUGCGACCAGUGCGGCGUCCCCACAAACAGGUCAACCGUGUCCGUGUGCCCUACCGAGCUUCACGGCGUCGAUCCGAAGUGUCCGCCUUUCGUCUGCACGCCUCAACUUGUCGGACGCGACUCUCGGUGUCCGACACCUCCUCCCCCUCCAACAACCGCAUUCGUCUGCACUCCCCGCCUACGCGGCCGCGACCCUCGAUGCCCAACACCACCACCUCCUACCCCCCCUCCAACCCCGGCAUUUGUCUGCACUCCACGGCUCGCUGGACGUGAUCCUCGGUGUCCCACGCCAACGCCACCACCCACUACUCCUACUCCCCGAACAACCCCCACUUUCGUCUGCACUCCUCGACUACUUGGGCGCGACCCUCGAUGCCCUACACCACCACCACCUACUCCACCUCCAACGGCAUUUGUCUGCACGCCUCGGCUCGCUGGACGUGACCCUCGCUGUCCUACGCCUUCUCCACCACCCCCUCCUCCCCCUCCGGUUACUCCAAAAUUUGUCUGCACGCCGGAGUUGAAAGGUAAGGAUGCAAACUGCCCGGAUGAAAAUGAAAGCAACCCUCCGCCGACAACGCGGCUUAACUGUGAGUUGAACCCCUCGGACCCGAGGUGUAAGAGCCACCCCUUCCACGUCCGUCUACCUGGCAAAGGAAGUAGAAGACGACCCACUGGCUCCCUCCCGAAAUCGUUCAUUCCUGCACCUUCUGCCAGAAGAAGGCGCGACGUCAGGAAGAACAUUGUCAUCACUGGAAUUAGUUCAGGAUUUAAAUAUGCUUGAAAUAUGUGACAAAUUCUGCGCCUGACUCCCCACGCCGUUUUUUUCUUUCUUUUUUUUAUCAAGCUGUGCGCAGUUAGUAGUGAUUUCAAAAUGCCUGCUACAUGUAACAUGAAAAUAAAAUAUUUAAAAUCAUCAAAA